AUGGCAAUGCAGCUAUGUUCUCCGUCAGCUUCUUCUUCCUCCUCUUCCUGUCCAUGUUCAAAUCCGAGGUUUACACUCUUCAAAAUAUCGAGAAAGCCCCUCCGACUCCCGUCUUCGUCUGGGCGAGCUACCGCGGUCCUGAUGGACCGUUCUGUCAAAUCACCGGCGAGGGGAGUCCCGCUGGAGAAACGGAGCAGGAACGAAUUGGAGGAGAAAAAGCCGCCUCCGGCGCCGGAGGGAGUGCUGGUGGUCCGCCGGCCGGAGAUCGAGUCCGACCGUCCGGAAUUCGUCGAGAAAGGCGAGGAGAUAAAGAAGCCAUCGGCGGCGAUCGACGGUAAGCUGGAGGAAUUCGCAAAGAAAAUGCCGAUUUUCGAGCCGGAUAGACUGGAUGAAAACGCAGGGGCGGGAUCUGCGCAAGCGAAGCCUCUUUCAGUGAAUUUGGAUCUGGCUUUGUAUAGGGCCAAAGUGUUGUCCAGGAGCUUCAGGUACCAGGAAGCUGAGGCAAUACUCCAGCAGUGUAUAAGUACAUGGCCAGAGGACGGAAGAGCUUACGUUGCAUUGGGUAAGAUUUUGGGGAAGCAAUCUAAAACAAGGGAUGCUAGAGCUGUGUACGAGAAAGGCUGCCAAGCUACUCAAGGAGAAAACCCUUAUGUUUGGCAGUGCUGGGCAGUUUUGGAAAAUAGGAUGGGUAACAUAAGGAGAGCAAGAGAGCUGUUUGACGCAGCUACAGUUGCUGACAAGAAGCACAUAGCUGCCUGGCAUGGUUGGGCAGUUCUAGAGCUCAAGCAGGGGAAUGUAAAGAAGGCGAGGCAACUACUUGCUAGAGCCCUCAAGUUCUGCGGAGGGAAUGAAUAUGUUUACCAAACGCUAGCUCUAUUGGAAGCUCGAGCGAAUCGGAGUGACCAAGCACGGUACUUGUUCAGGGAAGCAACUAAGUGCAAUCCGAAGAGCUGUGCCAGUUGGCUUGCAUGGGCGCAACUGGAGAUGCAGCAGGAGAAUAACCUUGUUGCAAGGCAACUGUUUGAGAAAGCAGUCCAGGCAAGUCCCAAGAACAGGUUUGCUUGGCAAGUGUGGGGUGUAUUUGAGGCCACCAUAGGCAACAUAGAGAAGGCCAGGAAGCUACUAAAAAUAGGACAUGCACUCAACCCAAAGGAUUCUGUUUUACUUCAGUCUCUUGCUUUAAUCGAAUACAAGCACUCGACAGCAAAUCUUGCCAGAGUGUUGUUCAGAAAGGCAUCACAAUUGGACCCUAGGCACCAACCAGUAUGGAUUGCUUGGGGAUGGAUGGAAUGGAAAGAAGGGAAUGUGUCUACUGCAAGGGAAUUGUAUCAAAGAGCUCUCUCAAUUAGCACCACCACUGAAAGUGCUGCUCGAUGCCUGCAGGCUUGGGGUGUUCUUGAACAAAGAGCCGGUAACCUAUCCGCAGCUCGAAGAUUAUUCAGAUCAUCACUGAACAUAAACUCUCAGAGCUACGUCACUUGGAUGACAUGGGCAAAACUAGAGGAAGAUCAAGGAAAUGCUGUGCGUGCUGAAGAAAUCCGCAACCUUUACUUCCAACAGAGAACAGAAGUUGUGGACGAUUCAUCAUGGGUUACCGGGUUCUUCGACAUCAUUGAUCCAGCACUCGACAGCAUAAAGAAGCUCUUGAACUUGGACCAGAACUUCUACAAGAAGGAAGCAGAAACAGGAGCCAAGGAUAACAACUACAAUAGCAUGCUUGAUGAACAAGGCAGUGUGAAACAGGAUGGAAUGAGUUGGCUCGAUUUGGAUUCGUUCAUUAAAACAAGGUUGUCUCUUGAUCCGGCGAAACUGGACCUCGUUCUGGAUUCGUCUCCGAGUCAAGCUGUGGCCGCAGCUCGGCUGCUUAAAUCGCCGAGAAGCAUAUGGAGACCUGAGCAAAGAUCUGUCGCAUUGUCGGAGCCUGGAGUUUAA